AUGAUGCAUGUCCUUAAGCACUGCAUUCCAAAGUACUUCACUGUUGAUUUUCUGAAUCAUCGAAUUGAGUUUUUCAAGUUUGGUCCAUGUGAUUCAAAUAAAAUUCCGUUGUUGUCGGCAGACUUUGCCAAAAGAGAGAAGUUGAAAAUGUCUGGGUCAGAAACUUAUCUCUUUGUAAAACUGUUUGGAAUUCUUGUUGGUGACAAAAUUGAUCAUGAUGAUGAAUAUUGGAAGUUGUAUUUGAAAUUGCGUGAGCUCCUGGAUGUUUGUUUGUCUAAGUCUCUGUCAUUUAGUCAAGGGGUAUCUCUACGUGUCCUUGUUGAUGAAUUUAACUCUAUGUAUAUUCAAGUUACUGGUGAUACUUUAAAGCCAAAGAUGCAUUUUUUGUGCCAUUAUGGCUCCACUUUUGAGAAAAGCGGGCCUGUUUCUCUGACAUCAACUAAACGUUAUGAGAGCAAGCACAGAGCUUUGCUUAUCCCUGCCCAUGCCACUGAGUCACGUCGUGAUAUUUGUAAAACUGUUGCCAUCCAACAUCAACUCAAUAUGUCCUUUUGGUUAAAAUCUAGACCUUCUAUUUUGCAAAUAACUGAAUUUGGCCCUAUUAGUGAGGUUUAUGCAGAUGACUUUGAAAAUACUGAAUUUGUGAAGAGCUUGCCAGACAGUAUUCAUUUAUCACCUACAUCAUCCUGUGCAUCAAGUAGCUGGGUUGAGUUUAAGGGCACCAAGUUUAAGCCAGGUAUGAUUUUACUGCUGAAAAUUGAUGAGUCUGGGGGACCAAUUUUUGGCAAACUUGAAGAUAUUCUUCUGGAUGGUGACCUCCCUGUUUUUGUUUUUUCAUAUAUGCUCUGCCUUGGAUUUGACGAACAUGUGCAUGCAUAUGUAGUGCAAUGCACUGACAGGUGGUCAAGUAUUUCUCCUCAUGAUCUUUAUGAUCCACUACCACUAAAUCUGUAUACUUCUACCUGGAAUCAAAAAUAUGUGAUACUUAGAUAUAUUCUGUGA